AUGGCCUUCAUGGUCAGCACCGAGGCGGUCUUAGGAUGCAACUCUUCCCGCGAAUCCAAAUCACCAUCUUGCAGUAAUGGUACCUCUUGUUGUGCUACUUCGAUCCCUGAUGGAAUCGUCAGAUACAGUGUAGAAUUUAAGAAUCUCGAUGGCAAAGCCAUAGCCACAGGGGAUGCCGAAUGCAGCUACGGCUUCUUGGUCGACAGAAAGUGGUGGAAAUACAAUCAUUUAUCCAGUUUACUACUACCGGCCGUUCCGGUGGUGCUCGAAUGGGGGGUACCUGCUAUUGGGCCUUAUCGGUCGUGGUUAACAAACCGCCCAGACAGCUCCGGCACCUGCGAUGAGGUCACGUGGCCUAUUCAUAAUCCUCAAUGUCAUUGCAGUGAAGGCUAUAGUGGGAAUUUUUAUCUUCCCCAGGGAUGCCAAGUGCAAAGAUCCAAAAUCUACUGUCCAGGGAUCUGUGUGAAUCGACCGGGGUCAUACAUUUGCAUAGAAAUUCAGGCCGUCGCCGUAAUACUUGGGGGCACGGCUAUCGGACUCACAGUAUCACUAUUGCUUUCUUCGUGGUUGUACACCAAAAGAAGGCGGAAGGCAAAGCUCAAACAAAUAUUCUUCAAACGGAAUGGCGGACUUUUGCUGCAACAAUGCUUAUCUUCUAUUGAAGACAAUCAUGCAGAGAAAGGCAAGUUAUUCACCUCAACGGAGUUAGACACGGCUACAGACCAUUUUAACGAGAAUCGAAUAUUGGGUCAAGGUGGUCAAGGAACUGUUUACAAGGGAAUGUUGACGGAUGGAAUGAUCAUUGCAGUCAAGAAAUUAAAAUCUGUUGAUACAGGACAAGUCGAACAGUUUAUCAAUGAGAUUGUUAUUCUCUCUCAAAUCAAUCACAGAAAUGUGGUCAAACUGUUAGGAUUCUGUUUGGAGAGUGAAAUGCCUCUUUUGGUAUAUGAAUUUAUCCCCAAUGGAACUCUUUAUCAAUAUCUUCAUGGUCCAGCUAGAGAAUUUCCCGUCUCUUGGGAGGCGCGUCUAAGAAUUGCCAAUGAAGUUGCUGGGGCUCUCUCGUAUUUGCACUUUGCUGUGGCCAAACCGGUGUAUCAUCGGGAUAUUAAGUCAUCGAAUAUACUUUUGGACGAAAAAUAUCGAGCGAAAGUGGCAGAUUUUGGAGCUUCUAAAGUAAUUACCAUCGACCAAACUCACUUGACCACAAUGGUGAGAGGAACCUUUGGAUACUUGGACCCGGAGUACUACCAAACAAGUCAAUUUACAGACAAGAGCGAUGUCUAUAGCUUUGGAGUUGUCCUUGUCGAACUACUGGCCGGAGAAAAGCCAAUUUCUCAACUAAGGGUGGAAGAGGGCAGAAAUCUAGCUUCGUACUUCAUCAUUUCGAUGGAGGAGAACUGCUUAUUCGAUGUUCUUGAUAAGGAGGUAUUAGACCAUGGUGAAAAAGAAGAAAUUAUUGCAGUGUCUAAUUUGGCGAAAAGAUGCUUAAACCCUAAUGGAAGGUACCGGCCUACAAUGAAGGAAGUGGCGAUGGAAUUGGAGCGAGUACAAUCACUACGGAAUCCCACAAUCAUCAGGCAAAAUGAAGAAGAGAUUCAUCGCGUUAGAACUGGAUCUAUCCAUGCUUCGGGUGCGAUUCCCAUGUUGAUGCAAUCGGGAGCAGAAGUGGAGCUGACUUCAAUGGAGGUGGAUCAAUCACUCUUAUCGCCGAGAUGAAGAUGCAUUCGGUUGUCUUGUCCAAAUUUCUGUAAUAUGAGACAUUACAAUCUCUAUAUUUGCCUUUGCAUGUGAGUUGCAGAAUAAUGUUGAUUAUGCUAAGAAGUGCCCAAAAACAAUGUACUAAAUUCAUGAACCCUUUUGAUUUACUCUUUGUAUUUCUCAUAUCAGUGAUGAUUGAGAAAAUUGUCUAAAAAGCCCUAAACCUAUUGCUUAA